AUGUCUGAUACAACUCCAAAAGAACAAGCACCUUCAUCUGAUGAUAACAUUGUACAAGCACCUUCACCUGAUGAUAACAUUCUGAUUCGUCAUCAACACAUAGCUGAGAGCAUAGAAAUGAUCCGAGCGAAGAAGGACCAACUGCUGCGCACUUUGCGAGGCCUGUCAACCAGUGAAAAUCCCGAUAAAGCUCUCAUGGCCAAACUCAUUGAAGCCUUCGACAUGAUGACCGCUCAAGAAAACCAGUUUUUAGGAGUUCUCAAGAGCAUUGUGGACAUUCACAAUCAAGCAACUCUUGAUGUGGCUGAGGAACUUGAAGGAAAGAAGGCAGAGGAGACAUCUGAAAAGAAGGACGCUGAAAAGAUGAAAGAGGAGAAGAAUGAGAAUAUUCCAGAAAAGAAUACGCCAGAAGAUGAUGAAAACGAUGAGGAAGCAAUCAAAGAGACACUAAAAGAGCUAGAGCAGGUUUCUAUAAAAGCACUAGCAGCUGCACAGUUGAAUGAAAAACUCGUGGAAACACUUCAGCGGCACAAGAAAAGCGAUAAGGCUUUGAGCCUCGAUCCCUUGAAGCAUUUGGAUUUGCCGCUAAUUACAUAUUCCGCUGGUAAGCUAUAUGAGCUUCAUCUGUUGCGAAGCCAUCUGCGUCCAACAGCAGAUUGUUUCAAUGCUCAUGCUGCCUUUAUUGCAAUCAUAAUUGAUCUUGGCUAA